CCAUUUCCUUUAAUGAAAAUAUAUAAAAAUUACACAUAAAAGGAUGACAGGAUCACCCAGUAUGAUAUCUAAGAUCAGGAAAGAACAAUCUCCCAAUUCAUUACGAUUGCAUAUAUAUAUAUAGUUCUCAUCUAGCCAACCUCAAUAAGGGUGAUAUAUAACAAGUUCUUUUGGUCUUCUUGCUUCAAGGCCAUGGCUUCAGGAGCAUCCAAAUCAGCAGCCUUCUUGCUGUUUAUCAUCAACAUUGCCUUGUAUUUCAUUAUAGUAGUAAUUGCUUCAUGGGCAAUAAAUCACGGAAUCAUAAGAACGCGCGAAACAGCAUCUGUUUUAUCGAUUCCUGCUCGCAUAUUUCCCAUAUAUUUUCCAAUGGGAAACAUGGCAACAGGUCCUUUCAUCAUUUUCUCCCUCCUUGCCGGCAUUGUAGGCAUCGCUGCCUCGCUGACUGGACUCCAUAACAUGCUUCAAUUGAACGUUCCAAACUUGCAUACAGCCGCUGCCAGUUCUGUGACAGCCUUGUCACUCACUCUACUAGCCAUGGGAUUGGCAUGUAAAGAGAUCGACAUAGGCUGGACAGAUUCAAACUUGCGCACUCUAGAAGUGGUGACGAUAAUAGUGAGCGCUACCCAAUUGUUCUGCACGGGUGCUAUUUAUGUUGGGGUUCAAGACGUUGCUGCACGAUCAAGCUAAGCUACAAGGAAGAGUUUGAUCUUUCAAACUUAUGCGAGAGUACUUGUUCUUCACCCAUGCCCAUGGCCAUGUAACUGCGUUGUGAUGAAUUUAUUUCAUGUAUCUUUUCUCCCUAUUCUUGUGUCUUGAAAAUGUCAGAGUCUUUACAAAUAUAUUUCUCUUGUUCUUAAUCGUGUUUGUUCUUUGUUUUGUGGUGCUCAUUUGUUAUUUCAAGGAAUAAAUGGGACAUUUAUAAUGCCUAUUUAUCUUCAAA